AUGGCCAGAUCCAACAUCAGAAAGUACAAGUACUCCAGAGGAUGUCUAAUCCCCAUCUCCAGAAAGAAAUCACAUUGCAGCUGCGAUUCUGGCCAUAGAAACUAUUCUCUCUACGUGAACAGGGUCCUGAAGGAGGUUGUUCCCCACAGGGGCAUGUCAUCUUGCACCUUGGAGGUCAUGAACACCUUGAUCAACGACAUGUUCGAGCGCAUUGCCGUGGAAGCCUGCAACAUGAUGUAUUUCAGAAACCGCUGCACCCUCACCCCGGAAGAUAUCCAGAAGGCAGUGUAUUUGCUGUUGCCCGGGAAACUAGCCAAGCACGCCGUGACUUUUGGGAGCGAAGCGGUCCACAGAUUCUUCCACUACUAA